AGAUCCAGAAGAACUGUUUACAAAACUGGAGAAAAUUGGUAAGGGCUCUUUUGGUGAAGUUUUUAAAGGAAUUGACAAUCGGACUCAGAAAGUGGUUGCUAUAAAAAUUAUUGACCUAGAAGAAGCAGAAGAUGAAAUAGAAGACAUCCAACAAGAAAUCACAGUGCUAAGUCAGUGUGACAGUCCAUAUGUAACUAAAUAUUAUGGAUCCUAUUUAAAGGAUACAAAAUUAUGGAUAAUAAUGGAAUAUCUGGGUGGAGGCUCUGCCCUUGAUCUAUUAGAACCUGGCUCACUUGAUGAAACCCAGAUUGCUACAAUAUUGAGGGAGAUACUCAAAGGACUUGAUUACUUGCAUUCGGAAAAGAAGAUCCACAGAGAUAUUAAAGCUGCUAACGUAUUGCUAUCUGAACAAGGAGAAGUAAAACUAGCAGAUUUUGGAGUAGCAGGACAGCUAACAGAUACACAGAUAAAGAGGAAUACCUUUGUGGGAACACCAUUUUGGAUGGCACCUGAAGUAAUAAAGCAAUCGGCAUAUGAUUCAAAGGCAGAUAUCUGGUCGUUAGGCAUAACAGCCAUAGAACUUGCAAAAGGAGAGCCACCUCAUUCAGAAUUGCAUCCAAUGAAGGUUUUGUUCCUCAUUCCUAAGAACAAUCCACCAACGCUGGAAGGAAACUUUAGUAAAUCCCUCAAAGAAUUUGUUGAGGCCUGCUUAAACAAGGACCCAAGCUUUAGACCUACUGCAAAAGAGCUCUUAAAACACAAAUUUAUUUUACGGAACUCAAAGAAAACUUCCUACCUGACUGACCUUAUUGAUAGGCACAAGAGAUGGAAGUCUGAACAAAGUCAUGACGACUCCAGUUCUGAUGACUCAGAUACUGAACCAGAUGGCCAGGCUUCAGGUGGGAGUGAUUCAGGAGAGUGGAUCUUUACAAUAAGAGAAAAAGACCCCAAGAAUCUGGAGAAUGGAGCAGCCCAGCCUUUGGAGUUGCAAAGAAAUAAGGAAAAGGAUAUCACAAAGAGGCCUCUAUCCCAAUGCCUGUCUACAGUUAUAUCCCCUUUAUUUGCAGAGUUGAAAGAGAAGAGUGAAGUGUGUGGUGGUAACACAGAUUCCAUAGAAGAACUGAGAAAGGCUAUUUAUUUAGCUGAAGAGGCUUGUCCAGGCAUUGCAGAUAACAUGGUGUCACAUCUUGUGCAAAGGCUUCAGAGAUAUGCGCUAGCUGGAGGAAGUACUGCAUCCUACUGAUGUGCCGUUCCUGACUUUUCUAAGACAACAGAGGUCCCACGGUGUCUGCAUCGAUGGUGCGCACCCUAAUGUUGUUCUGCCCCUCAGUUACUGGAAUGUCCUUUGGUGGAAGGACAUUCCUAAAUGUGCAAGAGUGAAAAUGAAGUCUCUUGGAUG